GUGGCGUCAGCCCAUAACAAAGAUGGCGGUUCGCCUGAAAAGAAGAUGCAGUCGGGCGGCGUAGCGGCCAGUGACACACGAGGAAAGGCUCCAUAUUAGUCGGGAGGAGGAGGAGGCGACCGAGGGAUGUCCGUCUUCCACGACGAAGUGGAGAUCGAGGACUUCGAGUACGAUGAGGAGACGGAGACCUACAGCUACCCCUGCCCCUGCGGGGACCGCUUCCUCAUCGCCAGGGAGGAUCUUGAAAAUGGUGAAGAUGUUGCCACAUGUCCAAGUUGUUCGCUUAUAGUAAAAGUAAUCUAUGACAAGGAACAAUUUAUGCGUGGUGAAGAAGUCUCAGCACCCACAACGAACAAGGAGCUGGUUAAAUGCUGAUGACUGUUAAUAAACUUUGCUGUUCUUGGAAAGUGUGGCGAGAUUUAGAUGGAAGACCUAAGGACACCUGUUUUGAAAACUCUGCACUGAUAGUAGCUGACUGCUUUGCAAUAACUGCCUCUCCUCACAUCAGAGAACUGUUGUGUCAAGAUCCUGGAUGUUCCUGUGUGCCUAAGAAUCUCAUAAUAUUAAAGUUACAUAGUAAUUUUUCAAGCGUCAGAUUGAAAGUAGAAACAAAAGUGUCAUGUUUUUUUCCUCCAAAUUUAUCAAUUCUUUCAAAUAAUCAUUGGUUCAAAGGCUCUUGAAUUCAACCUGCUAAUGUGCAGAGUAUGAACUAUGGGAUCUUGUAAUAAGAACAAGAUUAUAUUGUAUACUGAUGUGCUGGAUUUAAGGUGUCUGUGGCAUAUACCAUAUUUAUUGAAAUCAUGUUUAAACUGAUUCCCUUAUUGGCUUUUUUGGCACCAUGCCAACCUGUGUUAUCUAGGCAAAUCCAGUAGCUUAUUUUGACAUUACCAUUUGCCCUGGUGGACUGCGGUGAGCAAAGGAGAGAUGAUCUGAUAUUUUCAAUAUGCCAGAUCUGUAUACACUCUGAUCUGCAAAGAAUUGGAGGUUUAAGUGGGCUUAACUGUAUACAUUUGAGUUCUUAGGUCUUUCAUACCUAAGUGUUUGUAGCAAUCCAGUUUGUAUCUCAAGAGCUUGUUACUUGUCUUGCUCACUCAGUUUGCAGUGGCUUUCCAAUUUGAGGAUGUGAUUUCAGGAAUACUUCACAAGGUGGAUAUUCAUAGUGUCUCUUCCGCAUCAAUACUUGCCUUAGAAAUUGCACAAAACUCACUCCUGUCUUUUCCCCUCAAGGUGUCCUUAUAACUUCAGCCAGACAUCAUUUCUCAGAUGAUUUUAUUGUCCAUUCAGGUUGCAGUACUUGACUUUCAAUUUAGUUGCUAGCUCAGCUAAAUAGUUGUUUAUCCAACUAAAAGCAUUCAAGCUUACAAUCUGAUAUUUAAUUUUCUAAUCUUGUAUUUUGUAAAGAAGCCUAUUUUGUUUUCAGUGGUCUCCCCUCUUAGCUAGUAUUUAAAACCAAGGAGCCUGUUUAUCUUGUUGAACAGAAUGACAGCAUGUGUUUGUAAAACUUUCAAAAUCUACAACCAACAAUUUAUUAUCAAUGAAACGAUUUUCUUGUUUAAAUCCAUGUGUAAAACAUGUAAGCAGCUGGUGGCCAACAGGUGGCACUUUAAUAUUGGGUUCACAAAUGUUGCACACUUGAGAUUACAAAUAUUUAUUUUGCCAUUUAAAUUAAAAUAUGAGUUUUUAAAUCUUA